GUCAGUAAAGGACGCAGUAAAGGUGGCUUCCUCUGCUUCUUCGUUUUGAACCGCUUUAAUGAAAACGCGGCUGUAGGAGUGUUUAGGAAGAGAAACACAAGCUUGUUCGCCGAGAUGUUUCACAGAAGUAAAACCAUGAAAGGUUUGCUAAGUAUUGUCCCUGGGAAACAACGACUAGGGGCGUACAGGUUCCUACCUAUCUUUUUCUGCAUUGGAGGAGUCAUGGAGUGGAUCAUGAUCAACGUGAGGAUAGGACAUGAAACUUUCUACGAUGUCUACAGAAGAAAAAAAUCAGAGCGGCAGUACCAGCAGAAGACAGCAGACAGCAGUUGAUCUAGUACUCAUUGUACUAGAUCAACACGGAGCCAAGUGAAUGAUGGUCAAACUUCACAAGAGUCGCCUAAGGACGCACCGCUGGACUCAAACUCCCUCACAAUUAAAUCGCAAGCAUAGAGACGCUCUGGACGAAAAAAAGAUGUUGGAGGAAUCCCUACCAGCUUGCAAGUUUUACAGGCUUUACUCUGAAAAUACAGAGUCAAAAAAAACAAAAAAACAACACAAGUUAAUCUUAGUGUAAUAUUAUCACAUGUUUGAGAUUAAGACUGUUUUAAGUGACAAUAAAUAAUACUAAAGCAACAGAACAAAAUAUUUGUAUCUAUAAUUUGAGGUAUUGUAUGGUUGAGGUAAUGACAGUAUAAAAAUGCAUCUCAAAACUAA